AUGGAGAAGAAGAUGAUGGAUACCGCGAGCGGAGGCGCUAUAGCGAACAAGACGCCAACUCAAGCGAGGACCUUGAUAGAUACCAUGGCGGAAAACUCCAAGCAAUUUGGAGUACGAAGUGACGUUGGCCGAGGCUCUAGUGAGGUACAUGUUAAAUCUCUAGAAACUAAAAUAACUGAUUUGACUAACCUUGUGAAACAGCUUGCCAUGGGUAAUAUGCCUCAAGUCAAGGCAUGUGGAUUUUGCUCAUCAGUGGCACACCCCAUCGAUGCAUGCCCGGAUUUACAUGAAGAAGAAGAGCAAGUGAACGCCAUUAGGGGUGGCAACUUUCAGAACUCAAACAAUCGGGCUCCAGACCCUUUCUCGAGCACAUACAACCCCAGUUGGAGGCAACAUCCGAAUCUGAGCUAUGCCCCGAGGCAAGGACAAGGACAAGGUCAACAAUUUCAGCAAAGAGAUUCAUUCCAGCCGCUUCAGCAAUUUCAAUCUCAACAAUUCCAAGCACCGCCAGGAUUUCAGCAACAAAAUCAACUGAAGGCACCAUUUCAGCCGGGUGCCCCACAUCAACAUCAAGUGUUACUACAGGCUCCUAGUGGCUCAGAUAUGUCAUUAGAGGAUGUAGUUAAAUCUAUGGCUGCUAACAUGGUGAAAUUUCAACAGAAAACUCAGGCGAGUAUUCAGGACCUUCAGGCCACCGCUGGCCAAUUAGCAAACAAAGGAAAAUUUCCAUCUCAAAUGGAGACAUAUCCGAAGGCAAAUGUGAGUGCCGUCACUUUGAGAAACGGAAAGAAGCUUCAAGAGGUUGGAAGGAAGAAGAAAGAAAAGGUUCACGAGGAAGAAGAAGAGUUAGAGGUCAAGACAUCCACUUCGGGUGCAAAGGAUGUCAAAGAAGAGGAGGCAAAAAAGAAGACACCCAAAGUGAUAGUUCAAGCACCGGCAUUCCCGAGCCGAUUCGAGAAGACAAAGCAGGAGAUCGAAGAGAAAGAGAUCCUUGACACAUUCCGGAAAGUUCAGGUAAACAUCCCUUUAUUAGAUGCAAUUAAGCAAGUUCCUAGAUAUGCUAAGUUUUUGAAAGAGCUUUGUACAAAUAAAAGGAAACUAAAGGGUAAUGAAAAGAUAAGUAUGAGCCAAAAUGUGUCCGCUGUUUUGGCCCUAAAGCCAACCGGUGUGGUAAUCCAACUAGCGGAUAGGUCUAUUGUCUACCCUAAAGGGGUAUUCCCUAAAGGGGUAUUAGAGGACGUGCUUGUUCAAGUCAAUGAGUUGGUCUUUCCGGCAUAUUUUUUUGUUAUAGAUAUGGAGGAGAAAAAUGCCUUCAAGGCCGAUAUGCUUUUGCUAGGUAGACCAUUUUUGAAAACCUCUAAGACUAAGAUAGACAUCCAUAGUGGUAGUUUGACUAUGGAAUUCGAUGUCGAGAUGAUUAAAUUUAAUAUAUAUGAUGCCAUGCGAUAUCCGAGUGAUGUUUCAUCUUUAUGCUUUGUUGAUAUUAUCAAGCCUUUAUCUAACACUAUGUUUGAUCUAUCUAAUGAGGAUGUGUUAGAAGUGAUUAUAGACAGGGACUCAAUGAAUGGAAGUUUGAAGAAGCUUGCCCAAGAGUACAAGCUUGAUGAUGAUUUUGCAGAAUUGGCACUCGAGCUAGAGUUGAAGACGCUACCAGAUCAUCUGAAGUACGCCUAUUUGGGAGAUAAAGAGACCCUUCCGGUGAUCAUAUCUGCCACACUAUCACCGAAGGAGGAAAGAGAGCUUGUGGAUGUUUUGAAGGAGCACAAGAGGGCGAUUGGAUGGACCAUCGCUGACAUCAAGGGCCUUAGUCCCUCACUUUGCCAACACUAG